AUGCACAACAACGAAACUCAAGUUGGACAUCCGCCAAGCAAUGCUUCUAGCACUUGGACACUUGCCUCAGCCAAUUCGGUCCAUGACGAGGAAGGAGUUCAGCUGCUCGAACAACAUUUGACUCUUCUUCGGAAGCCACCAAGUCAAUAUACACUUCCGGAGAUAACAACCACUCCGAUAUUCGUCAUGCCGAUCUUGAGAUACGCAGAAACACUGCUAUCUCCUGACGAUCCAAGACCAUUUCCCCAAUAUGGUCUGUUGGGAGGCUUGUCUGAAGUCUUGGAGGCUCAAGAAGAGAGUGGAGCGUUUCACUCCCCGGAUCCAAGAAUUCUAUUCAACGUUGCUUCUCCUUCGAGUACGUUUAUUUGCGGCUCUCAGGGGUCCGGAAAGAGCCACACUCUUUCAUGUCUUCUAGAGAACUGUUUGAGCAACUCUAGAGCAGGAAGGCUUCCGAGCCCACUGACUGGUCUGGUGUUUCAUUAUGACACAUUCAUUUCUGAUCAUGGAGGCUCGCCAUGCGAGGCUGCUUUCUUGACUUCAGAUCCAGAGAUCAAAGUAAAAGUGCUUUGCUCUCCUACGAAUCUCAGCACUAUUCGAAACACAUACAGACAUCUCAAUGUCGUAGUCGAGCCUCUGCAAAUCAAGGAGUCAGACUUGAAUACGAAAAGAAUGCUCGAACUGAUGGCCGUGAAGAGUGGAGAGCAAGUACCUCUCUACAUCCACACCAUCUACCGCAUUUUGCGGGAGAUGCGUAUUAUGCAGCAAGAAUGCGGGACCCAGUUCAAUUAUCGCGAAUUCAAGAGUCAAGUCACAGAGAGUGGGUUGGCUCCUGGCCAGAUCAUUCCAUUGCAACAGCGUCUUGAUGCCUUGGAGAGCUUCAUGCCCAAGACACAAGUCUACUUGGGUAAAAAGGGGAAGAACAAGUCUUUGCUUACAGUGGAGCAUGAUUGGAGUUCGAAACCUGGUCAUCUCACUAUCGUCGACCUAUCCUGCCCCUGCGUGACACCUGAGACUGCAUGCUCGCUGUUCAAUAUUUGCUUGAGCUUAUUCGUCGAGCAAAGCAUGGAUCUGGGUCGUGUCAUUGCUCUUGAUGAGGCACACAAGUUCAUGGACGCCUCUCCAGAGGCUCUGACACUCACCAAUACCUUACUAUCAGUGAUCCGACUACAGCGUCACCUUGGUGCACGCAUUGUCAUCUCAACCCAGGAGCCAACAAUCUCUCCACUGUUACUCGAUUUAUGCUCUACCACCAUUGUUCAUCGCUUUACCUCGCCAGGCUGGAUGCAUGCCAUCAGGAGCCACUUGGCAGGUGGCACGGAACAGGAACCGGAGAAUGAAACCGGAGGAGAUUCAAGCUCGUAUGAGAAAGUCCAGAAGGGUAAAACCUCAAAGAUCUUCGAUGAGAUUGUCAAAUUGCGUGUCGGACAUGCGCUCCUCUUUUGCCCAGCUGCAAUGAUAGGUUUGACUCGGAAAAACGAUGGAGAGACAGAGACGGAGAGGCUGGGGUCUGGCUACCUGAAGAUCAGAAUCAGGAACAGGUUGACGACAGAUGGGGGCAGGAGUGUGAUGGCUACUUGA